AUGGUGGAUCCUCUCACACUUUCGGGAGUUGCAUGGGGAAUAUCCAUGGCCGGGUGGGUUAUCUCCCCCAUCAUGACCAAGCUUGUUGACAAAGCGUUGUCCCAUAUCAAGCCCGGCAAAUCCAAGGACAAGCUUCACGAGCUCUUGACUCACACUCUCCCUAGUCUGGCUCUUACUCUAGAAGCAGCAGAGGGUAGCCCCUACAUGGAUCUUUUCAAGAAUUUGGUUGGGGAUCUCAAGUCUGCCUUCUACGACAUGGAAGACAUGUUGGAUAAGGUGGAGUACCUUCUUCACGAGAAACGGCUAGCUGGCCAGAAAAAGAGCAAGUGGAUCAUAUUUGCUUCGCAUGAUGAUGCUGGCCCCUCAGACCAGGGUGUCCAUAUCAAUUCAAGUUUGAUUAUUUCCCAGCCUUUAAACAGUACUUUAAAGAAAAAUAUGAAGAAGAUAAAAGAACUCAUUGAUAAAGCACAGGAAACUAUUAAACAAGCAAACCUGCCAUGCCAGAAAGAAAGCAGAAUUUAUGGACGAAAUGUUAUGGCAACAUAUGCACAGAAGCCCACUAUUGCAGAUCCAGUGGAAAAGGUUACUGGCAGAGAUGCAGAUCGUUUGCGGAUAAUAAAAAUGCUUCACGAUACACAUGGCAAGGAGGCCAAAGCAAUCUCAAGUGAGGGCAAAUGUUUUUCUGUGAUAGGCAUUUGUGGUAUUCCAGGGUCUGGAAAGACAACCCUCGCACAGUAUGUUUGUGUGUCUGAGCGCACUGCAGGCUAUUUCAAUCUUGUUAUGUGGAUCCAUGUUUCUCAGAAUUUCAGUGUGGAAACAAUUUACAGAGAGAUGUUUGUGAUAGCUUCAGGUAAUCAACACCUCUAUUCUAAUAGUGUUGAUGGUAUAAAAAAAGAAUUGGAAAAAAAGCUACACGGAAAACGGUUUCUGUUGGUUCUUGAUGACAUCUGGUCCGAUAAUGAUGUGGCUGACCAGCAGUUGCCACUGUUGCUUUCUCCGUUCAAUGUCGGAAGCAGAGGAAGUAAGGUCCUAGUGACAAGUCGAAAUGCAGAUGCAGUGCCAGCUCUAGGUCUUAAUAGAUAUACUACCAUCCCAAUACAAGACUUGGAUGAAAAAGACUUCUUUGAAGUUUUAAUGUACUAUGCACUUGGUGAUUCAAGGUUAGAUGACAUAGAUCAGAAAGAACUUCACAUAAUUGGGAGUGAAAUAGUACACAAGUUGAGGAGAUCACCUCUAGCAGCUAGAACAGUGGGUGGACAGCUACGCAGAAGACAAAAUGUUGAGUGCUGGAGGAGGAUUCGAGAUAGCGAUCUCUUGAAGGAUACCAUGGGAGCUCUAGUGUUGAGCUACCAAUAUCUCGAUGAGCAUCUGAAGCGAUGCUUUGCUUACUGCAGUGUUUUUCCUCGAAGACAUCGCUUGGCACGUGAUGUGUUGGUUAAAAUGUGGGCUGCCGAAGGGUUUGUUACAGUUACUAAUGGGGAUGAUACGGAAGAUGUCUGCCAAAAAUACUUUGAUGAACUAGUGUCAGCCUCAUUUCUGCAACUUAGAGUAAAGGAGGAACCCUAUGAAGAGGACUGCUAUAUCGUUCAUGAUCUGUUGCAUGAUUUAGCAGAGAAGGUUGCUGGAAGUGAUUGCUUCAGAAUUGAGAAUGGUUGGACUGGAGAAGUUCCUCAGGAUGUUCGCCAUUUAUAUGUUGAAACAGCUAAUGGAUGGGCUAUUAUUGACAAGAUUGUCAAACUAGAAAAUCUACGCACGCUGAUCAUUCAUGCCGUUCAGAAUAAUAACACUAUCAUAAGUAAGGAGAUUAUUGAGAAGGUUUUUACCAAGUUAAGUAAGUUACGAGUACUGGACAUGCGAUCAGAUAUGGACGCCAGCCACAAGUUUUCGUUGCCAGACUCUUUUGGUAAUUUAGAGCACCUGCGCUACAUUUCUUUCUUCAAUCGUGGGGGGUUGGCCACCUUAACCUUGCCAGCCACAAUUGCGAAGCUUUACCAUCUGGAGGUAUUAAGUUUUCCUGGAUGCAAGAAUUUGGUACUUUCAUCUAAAGAAGAUAUGGCUAAUCUCACCAAUAUGCGGAUCCUUAGACCUGUUCCCGUUAUUCCCAACAUAGGUAGGAUGACUUGUCUGCAAGAGUUAGGAUUAUUCAGAGUAAUGAAGGAACAUGGUUACGAGUUACGGCAGCUGAAGUAUCUAAACAAGCUUAAAAGAAAUCUGGUAUUGGAGGGUCUUGAACUUGUUGGAAGCAAGGAAGAAGCUCUUGAAGCUAGGUUAUCAGAUAAGGAGCAGCUUAAAGUUGUCUUACUGGACUGGGGCAAUAAUGAUAGUAGCUCCAAUCUAGAGGUUCAACUUCAAGCAGAUGUUCUUGAGGGUCUUUGCCCUCCUAGUUUCCUUAAAUUCCUCGAGAUCAGGGAUUACAAGGGUUUGAGGGCUCCAGACUGGAGUGUGGGUAAUACGAAGGGCGAAAACUGUCUGGAGAGUCUUUGGCUCAACCGUUGCAGCCGGUUGGGACCUGCUCCUGAACUUGUGGAGUAUUUUGUUAACCUGCGUGAGCUCAUCCUCACAGGAUGCAACUGGGACACCUUGCCGAAUAACAUAGAGCAGCUCAAAUCACUCGUCGCACUGCGUAUCCAGUAUUGCUUGGAAAUUCAAUCACUUCCAGUACUACCACAGUCGCUGAAAAGGAUUGAAUUCUGGGGCUGCGACGAAGCAUUCAUGAGGUCAUGCCAAACAUCUGGAGAUUCUAACUGGCAUAAGAUUAAGCACGUUCGGAGUGUAUGUUUUGAAGGCCGCCAGAUGAGAACGGGAACUAUAGAAACCCAAUCUUUACACUGGAAGCAGUACUUGCUUGAUGAUGACAAUGGGGCGGGAAGAAUAUUGCUCCGGGUAAUCCCUAAGGCUUCAUGCCUGUUGUAUAUCUGCCUUCUCACAUGCUUCAUAUCUUGGUUGUGGCUGCGUUGUGGGAGAAAUCUUAUAAUGUCAUGGAUGGAUGCAUCCGAUGUCUGA